AUGGCUACCCUGCAAGAGAUCGCCGACGAGACGGCGUUCCAGUCAACCAUUUCCGCCCUCCCCGCCUCCACACUCGCCGUCAUCUACUUCAACGCACCAUGGGCAAAGCCAUGCGAGCAAAUGUCCGUUGUCCUCAAGACACUUGCCAGCACAUACUCGGCCGACGCACCGAUAUCCUUUUUCUCCGUCAAUGCCGAGGAAUUGCCAGAAGUCUCCGAGACCUACGAUGUCACCGCAGUCCCAUACAUCGUCCUACAGAAGGACGGCAAAGUCCUAGAGACCGUUUCGGGCUCUGAUGCCUCAAAAGUACGAGCAGCAGUUGAAAAGCAUGCUGGCGCCGGCAGCGGCCAGUCGAGUCUACCUCCUGCGCAAACCGUCACACGACCCCAAGAGAAUGGCGAUAGUGCAGGCAAGAAUCUUGCGGGCUACACACCAAGCGCACAAGAUCCCAAGACUGCGCCCGAGCACACUGCAGGCGAGCAACAGACAAGUAAGGAGGAGCUGCAUCAAAGACUAUCAGAGCUUGUCAAGGCUGCACCUGUCAUGCUGUUUAUGAAGGGCACACCAAGCGCACCCCAAUGCGGCUUCAGCCGACAAACGGUCAGCAUUCUUCGCGAAAAGGGAAUUCGCUAUGGAUUCUUCAACAUAUUGGCCGACGACGAGGUUAGACAGGGUUUGAAGGAAUUUGCCGAUUGGCCUACAUUCCCUCAAUUGUGGGCUGACGGUGAGCUUGUUGGUGGUCUCGAUAUCGUCAGGGAGGAGUUCGAGAACGACCCCCAGUUCCUCUCCCAAUACGCUGCUAAUGCACCCAAAACAGCUGCCUAG